UUUUUUUUUUUGAUGUUCUUCUUUCAUUUGGGAUUUAGGGUUUUCUGGUUUCGUGGAAAGGGGAGGGAAUAUUAGCUCUCUUCUCUCUCUCUCUCCAACAUUGUUGAUUUUUGUGCUCAAUUUGAUUUGAUGAUAAUGGAGUUCAAAUUUCCCUAAAUUCCGUAUUUAUUUGGAGGAUGAAUUUUUGAGAGGGGACAAUAUUCAAAAGAAAUCGAAAGGGGAAAAAAAAAAAGGUGCCAUGAGUUGCUUUUCUUGCAUAAGCCCUAAAUUGAAGGAUGUGAAAGAUUAUGAUGAUGAUUUGUCCCCAAGAUCCACUAAUUCUCCAGCUAGUUUAAAGGGAAAGGCUUUUUUCAAUGAGAGCGGAAACAGGGGUAGUUCGGUCAGAUCAAAAGCCAAAGAAAGCACUUCUCAAAAAGGAAAUGUGGCUCGAAGCUUCACGUUCAAAGAACUAGCAAUCGCCACGCAGAAUUUCAGGGAAGCUAAUUUGAUCGGUGAAGGUGGUUUUGGGAGCGUUUACAGAGGCAAGCUCGACUCUAACCUGAUUGUUGCCAUAAAGCAACUUAAUCUCGAGGGGCUUCAAGGAAGUCAAGAAUUCGUGGUGGAGGUUCUUAUGCUAAGCCUUCUCCAUCACCCAAAUCUCGUUAAUUUGAUCGGUUAUUGCAUCGAUGGUGAUCAAAGGCUUUUAGUUUACGAGUUCAUGCCAAUGGGCAGCCUUGAAAAUCAUCUUUUCGAUUUAGAGCCUGAUCAGAAGCCACUAGAUUGGAGUACGAGAUUGAAGAUUGCAGUUGGUGCAGCUCGUGGACUCGAAUAUCUCCAUCAAGCAACUCCACCGGUUAUAUACCGUGAUUUGAAAUCUUCGAAUAUAUUAUUGGACAACGAUUAUAAUGUCAAAUUAUCCGAUUUCGGGCUUGCCAAACUGGGGCCCGUUGGAGACAACACUCACGUUUCGACACGUGUCAUGGGUACUUAUGGAUAUUGUGCACCCGAAUAUGCCAUGAGCGGAAAACUAACCUUAAAAUCAGAUAUCUACAGCUUCGGUGUGGUUCUGCUUGAACUUAUUACCGGGCGAAAGGCUAUUGACUUCUCCAAGAAACCAGGGGAGCAGAAUCUUGUUGUGUGGUCUCGUCCGUUUCUUAAGGAUGGAAGGAAGUUUGUACAAAUGGUGGAUCCUCUGCUAGAAGGGAGAUUCUCAGUGAAGAGCCUGAAGCACGCUGUUUUAAUAACUUCGAUGUGUCUACAGGAACAUGCUGGGGCCCGCCCACUCAUAAGCGAUCUCGUUAUCGCACUUGAAUACUUGGCUUCCAAGGCAGACGAUUCUCGUAAAGGCAGGUCCAUCGAUUCUUGAAGAAAAAAAAAAAAAAAGAAAAACACGAAACUUUCAAAUCGAGCGAGCGGAUGUCUUUUCUAAGAAUAUAGUUUAGUCGAUUUAUGGGCACUGCUGACGUAUAAAUGCAGAAUGGGCAUGAAUUAAUCCCCGGUUGUUUCGACAUUUUUUUAAUUUUUUUUAAUUAUUUUUUUUUCCUGCAAUGUUAACUCUUUGUUGAUAGGCUAGGUACACAACAUUUUUUGGUUCUUUUUAUGUAGUUAUUACACUCGGGAUAAUAUACUCAUAUUUGUGUUUUUAUA